AUGGCUUCUCAUUUUAGCUUUAGUACCACUCUUCGUCGUCAUACUCAGGAUACAUAUGGAGGAGUAGGAGUAGGAGGCGGAGGCGGAGGCGGAGGAGGAGGUUUCAGCCCUCUUGGGAACGUUGUGCACAGUAUCCAAUCGAGAGCCGAACGAUUUACUGCGAGUGGUGGGACUGGGAUCAUACCCUUCCUUCGAAUGGAAUUCUGCGACGGACGGCUGGAUACUCUUCAACAUUUCCGCGUCGACCCUUCAACAGGUCUCGCUUCCUCUGUCGUGCCUGAUCUCAGGAACGUUCAUGGCUACAACGAAUUCUCUGUUGCUCCCUCAGUCAACCUAGCCCACAAGUUCAUAGAGACCAUCUAUGAAAGUCCCUUGAACUUACUUUUGUUGGGGAGCGCAUUCAUCAGUGCGGUUAUGGGAAAUAUUGACGAUGCUGUUAGCAUCACUAUUGCUCUACUCAUUGUUCUUACAGUGGGUUUCGUGCAAGAACGAAGAUCAGAACAAUCGUUGCAAGCACUCAAUCGUCUCGUACCUCAUCACUGUCAUCUACUACGUGACUCGCGGCAAAAGACCGUCCUCGCGAAUGAACUUCUACCAGGGGAUAUCGUCUCCUUCACAGUUGGGGAUCGAAUACCUUCGGAUGUUCGCUUGAUCACUGCGUUGGAUCUUGAAUUGGACGAGUCGUCACUUACGGGUGAAUCUCAUGCUGUUCGGAAAGCAGUUGAGCCUUCGAGGUUUGGGGCUCCGUUGGGCGAACGGACGUCGAUGGCUUUUAUGGGUACUUUAGUUAGGAAUGGACGUGGGGCAGGAGUUACGAUUGCUACGGGCCAGCAGACUGAGUUUGGCGCCAUUUUCACUACGAUGCAAGAAAUCGAGGAGAAACGGACGCCAUUGCAAAUCUCGAUGGACGAGCUGGCGACGAAGCUUAGUACUCUGUCGUUCGCGAUCAUAGGCGUCAUUUGCCUCAUUGGUGUGAUUCAAAGUCGGGGAUGGUUGGAAAUGUUUACUAUUGGAGUGUCUUUGGCUGUUGCUGCGAUCCCGGAAGGUCUUCCUAUCGUGACUACGGUAACUCUUGCUUUAGGUGUACUUCGCAUGGCACGACGAAAAGCUAUAGUGAAGAAGUUACCAUCUGUAGAAGCGCUGGGGUCCGUCAGUGUCAUUUGUUGCGACAAAACCGGCACCCUAACAAAGAACGAACAGACUGUUACUGAGAUUUACACUAUCGACGAAUUGGUGAAACUUGAUGCUCCCGUCAUACCUGCAUACACGCCUGCACUCUUGAAGACGGUUCAGAUCGGCGCGUUGUGUAACAGUGCUAUUCGUAACAGCGAAGGCGUAUACGUUGGCCAAAGCACAGACGUUGCACUCAUGAAUGUCCUGGAUACCUUGCAGGUACCCUCCUCUAAGGUGGAUUUCAGCGUAUCAGCAGAGCGACCCUUCAACUCCGAGCUGAAAUCUAUGGCUGUAAGCGGCAAGCAUGCCUCGGAAUCGCAGGAAAAGUACUACAUCAAGGGUGCACUUGAGGCGAUACUGCCUCGGUGUAAAUGGCACUACAUCUCUUCGGAUGUCACACCUGAACUCGACACUCUCACUCGUUCCUUGAUCGUUUCAAAGGCAGAGUCGGUCUCUUCACGAGGACUUCGGGUAAUUGUGAUGGCUUAUGGGAAGGGAAGCAACCUUGUCUUUGCCGGAUUUCAAGCUAUGAUGGAUCCUCCGCGAAGGGAAGUCUCGGAUUCUAUCGCUUCGUUGCGCAUGGGGGGUGUACAGGUGAUCAUGAUCACGGGUGAUGCGGUCGAAACCGCACUUGCGAUCGCUCGUCAGUUGGGUCUUUUGGGGACGAUGAGCUUUGUUGGCUGUCUUACGGGGAAGGAGAUGGAUGAGAUGGAUGAUCGGAUGUUGAGGGAGCGUGUAGCGGGGAUUACGGUAUUUGCGCGUACGACGCCUAGGCAUAAGAUGCGCAUUGUUUCGGCUUUCCAGUCUCGAGGGGCGGUGGUGGCUAUGACGGGUGAUGGAGUCAACGAUGCACCGGCAUUGAAGAUGGCGGACAUUGGUGUCGCAAUGGGAAGCGGAACUGAUGUUGCCAAAGAGGCAGCGGACGUUAUCCUUGUUGACGAUAAUUUUGGGACCAUCCUGGCGGCCGUCGAGGAGGGUAAAUCCAUCUUCCAUAAUAUUCAGCACUUCCUUUCGUUCCAACUUAGCACGGCAGUGUCGGCUCUCACACUCAUCACCCUUAGCACUCUAUUCGAACUUAGCAAUCCCCAAUCUCUAGGUGUUGAUCCUGCCGACCGAGCAGUCAUGCGGAGACCUCCUAGACCAAAAAAUGCGCCCAUUAUCACUAGGCCUCUCAUCUUAAGGGUGCUGUUCUCCGCAUCUGUGAUGUUACUCCUUACUCUGUUCGUCUAUAUGUACGAGCUCAGCGACGGAAAGAUGUCUCGCCGUGACCAGACCAUGACCUUCACAUGCUUCGUUUUCCUUGACCUUGCAUCAGCGAUUCAAAACCGUGGUUUGGGAUGCGGUAUCACACAGAACAAAAUGCUCCUCACAACCGUCUCUACGUCGUUCCUCGUCCAACUCGCUCUCAUCUACGUUCCUUUGUUCCAAAGCAUUUUCCAAACUGAAGCGCUCGACUCUCAUGAUAUCUUUGUCCUUUUGACGCUUGCUGGGGUUGCAUUGGCGCUUCACGAAGCUCGGAGACGAUGGGAGCGACAGAAGAAUAAGGAGCCGGGGUGGGAUCAUGCGAAUGACUUGGCUUGA